GCUGUUUGGCCGUGGUGAGGGCUGCGCUGAACGCCCACAGUCGUCUCAUGCAUGGGGUGAGUGGAAUUUCUGCACAGGGCUGAACGUCACCUCCUGCUGCCGCAUCCCAUAGCGAUGCUCUGAGCUCGGGGGGAACCCCCAGCAAACACAGGGACCCCCCCAGGACAUUUCUCCCAGGAGCAGAGCACCGAGGGCGUUUGCAGAUCCUGGCUGUGCGCUCUUUCCAAGAGCAGCUCUCAGAGCAGCAGCGUUUUGCAGACGUGGAGGAAGGAACGUCUGCCCACUGCCCUCUCACACAAAGAAUUUUGCAUCAGACAGGGAAGCGAGAGCGAGCUGGGGGACAGCCCGUGGUGUUCCCAGCCCUGCUGAGCCAUACCCUGCACAGGGGGACCCAGAGCCCAGCCAGGAAUUGGGGGUGGCUCUGAGGAGCUGUGCAGCUCGAGCUGGGUUAAUGAAGCCCAGCAGCUUGGGGAAUCUGUGCUGCACGUGGUGCUGGGGUGCGUGCACAGGGAGGAUGUGGGGCUGCAGCUGGGCUCACAAAGAGCAAAGCCCUUUUGCAAUGGGGUGGGGGGGUGUUUGGGUAUCAACCCUUUGGGCAGAGGGGGACGUGCUGGGAAUGAAUGUGCACGUGCCUUGGGAAAUGGGAAGGUCCCCAUCCAGCUAUUGUGGGCGAGUCCUUCCCUUUCCGCGCAGAUAGUGGUUCAGGAAACCUGGAGGAACACAGCUCCUGGAAGCAUUGCUGUGGGGAGGAGGCGGUCCUGAUGGGGGGGGUUCUGUGCUCUUAUAGGGAUGUGCCACGGGGAGGUGCCCCGAUGCACGGCAAUGCUGCAGGCACCCGUGUGCCCUCACCUCCUGAGCCCAGUGCCCGAGCUGUGCGCAGAUGGGAGGGGAGGAGGAAAGCCUGGCUCAGCGUUAUCACAGCCACCAGCACAGCCCGUGGGUUGGCUGCCUCUAUCUCGGCCGCGUGGUUUUGCUUCCUUCCAGGGUGUGCCGAGUGCCUGAAACUCAUCCGGGAUGAACAAACCACGCGGCUGUUGCCCAACGUCCUGCUUGCUGUGGGAAUAGGCAGAAGGAAAGCGAGGAGUGUUUCCCAAUUGAGCAGCCGGGGAACCUGUCAGGCUCCUGCCUGGCCUGGCUGCUCUCGCAGAUCCACCAGGCAGAGCAAGAGAACCUCAGCCAUGCCCUGGGGCUCCCGUGCAUAAGGGACAGAGGAGAAGGAAGAAGGAGCCCAUUGAGACACGCUGCGUGGGAUCCCUGCCACUCUUAUGAGGUGGGGGCAUCUCAGCCUGCCACCCACUCAACAUGGCAUCCAGCAACAAGAAUGGGAGCAGCCGCUCCAGCAGCAGCCGCCUGCAGAGCAAGAAGCCCCCCAACCUCUCCAUCGUGAUCCCCCCACCCCGGGAGGCGGAGGAGGACGGCGCCCGCAAGGAGGUGAGCUCUGGGGGGGCACCUCUCCGUCCCACGUGGGGUUCGGAGCGUCCCCACGGUUACCCUCUGUGCUCUGUAACCCUGUGCUCUGCCUCCCAGCCCUCCAAGGUGCCCAUCUAUCGGAAGAGCAAGAGCCUGCAGGAGCCGCGCACGAAGGGAUGUGACAGCUCGGAGCGGCGGCCGGGCUUCCGCCGACAGACAUCCCUGUCCCAGAGCAUCCGCAAGGGCACGGCGGAAUGGUUCGGCGUCAGCGGCGACUGGGAGGGGAAGCGGCAGCACUGGCAGCGCCGGAGCUUGCAGCACUGCAGCAUGAGGUACGGCAAACUGAAGGCUGCCUACCGCGACAUGGAGCUGCCCAGCCAGGAGGUGCCCUCCUUCCAGGGCACCGAGUCACCCAAACCGGCCAAGAUGCCCAAGAUCGUGGACCCGCUGGCCAGGGGCCGUCCCUUCCGCCACCCCGACGACGCCGACCGUCCCCAUACGCCCCACCACGUUCUGCCCCCGCACACCCCCGGCGUCGCAUCGCUGGCAUCCCUGGGCAGUGCCCGCUCCGGCUACAGCCGCCUGCCGCGCCGCAAGAGGCAGUCUGUGGCACGCAUGAGCUUCAGGGCGGCCGCCGCUCUGCUCCGCGGCCGCUCCGUUUUGGAGCCUCUGACCGAGAAGCAGAGGAGCACCAAGAGGAGCUUCAUGUACCCCAGCUUCAUGGAUGAGGACGUGGUGGAUAUCGCUGACACCUUGGACUCCUCCUUCUUCAGUAAGAUGGACACGCACGACGAGACGUAUUCCAUGCCGGAUGAUGUCUUCGAGUCACCACCGCUCUCGGCCACGUAUUUACGCAUGCACUCAGUGGGGGAGGAUGUCAGGGCAUCCCCAGAGGUGGAGCAGACUGCACUACGUGAGGGUGCCCGGCUCGCUGCUGCCUCAGCUGGCCCGGCCCCCCAGAGGGGCAGACGCAUCGCUUCCAAAGUGAAGCACUUUGCCUUCGACCGCAAGAAACGCUACUAUGGCCUGGGGGUGGUGGGGCAGUGUCUGAACAGGACGUACCGCCGCAGCCUCAGCAGCAUCGUGCAGUCACAGCUGGAGAUCACCGACAGCCACCGGCCGUAUUUCACCUACUGGAUCACCUUUGUCCACAUCCUCAUCACCUUGCUGGUCAUUAGCACGUAUGGCAUCGCUCCCAUUGGCUUCACCCAGCACGUGACGACAGAGUUAGUGCUGAGGAACAAAGGUGUGUAUGAAAGUGUCAAGUACAUCCAGCAGGAGAACUUCUGGAUCGGGCCCAGCUCAAUCGACCUGAUCCACCUGGGAGCCAAAUUCUCACCCUGCAUCCGGAAGGACCGCCAGGUGGAGCGGCUCAUCCAGCGCGAGCGGGACCGGGAGCGUAACUCGGGCUGCUGCGUCCAGAACGACAGAUCAGGAUGCGUCCAAACACUGCCACAGGACUGCUCGGAAACGCUGGCGACGUUCAUCAAGUGGCCCAACAACAACACGCCGACCAUGGGCUCCGGUGAGAAGCGCACGUCGGGGGCUGUGUGUCACCAGGACCCCAGGACGUGUGAAGAGCCGGCCUCAAAUCCCCCCCACGUGUGGCCAGACGACAUCACCAGGUGGCCGAUCUGCACCUACGAGACGAAAACCAACCACACAGGCCUCCCUCACAUGGACUGCCAGAUCAAGGGCAGGCCCUGCUGCAUCGGCACCAAGGGCAGCUGCGAGAUCACUACACGGGAGUACUGCGAGUUCAUGCAUGGCUACUUCCACGAGGAGGCAACGCUGUGCUCACAGGUGCACUGCCUGGAUGAAGUCUGUGGCCUCCUGCCCUUCCUCAACCCAGAGGUCCCCGACCAGAUCUACCGCCUGUGGCUGUCCCUGUUCCUGCAUGCAGGCAUCAUCCACUGCCUGGUGUCGGUGACCUUCCAGAUGACGGUGCUGCGAGACCUGGAGAAGCUGGCAGGCUGGCUCCGCAUCUCCAUCAUCUUCAUCCUCAGUGGCAUCACUGGCAAUCUGGCCAGUGCCAUCUUCCUGCCGUACCGGGCGGAGGUGGGCCCCGCGGGGUCGCAGUUUGGUUUGCUGGCCUGCCUCUUCGUGGAGCUCUUCCAGAGCUGGCAGGUGCUGGAGAAGCCGUGGAAAGCCUUGCUCAACCUCUCCGGCAUCGUCCUCUUCCUCUUCGUCUGCGGCCUCCUGCCCUGGAUCGACAACAUUGCCCACCUCUUCGGCUUCCUCAGCGGCCUGCUGCUCUCCUUCGCCUUCCUGCCCUACAUCACCUUCGGCACGGUGGACAAGUACCGCAAGCGGGCCAUGAUCAUCGUGUCCCUGCUGGUCUUCCUGGGCCUCUUCACCUCGCUGUUCAUCUGGCUGUAUGUUUACCCCAUUAACUGGCGCUGGAUCGAGUACCUCACCUGCCUGCCCUUCACCAGCAAGUUCUGUGAGAAGUACGAGCUGGAGCAGGUCCUGCACUGACCCACGGAGGGGCUGCGGGGCUGAGGCCGGCCUGCUCGGGGCCUCCAGGCCCUGCUAUAACCCCAGGACGGCUUGUGGGGUGAGGCAGCGACGGGGCCCCGCAGUGCCAAUCCUACUGUGAACACAACCCCCUUUUUGCAGGGGCACUUUUGUACCUACGGCUCCCGGCCGUGUCCGUCACCUCGGGGCUGCCUGGGGCUUAGGGGGGGCUCUGUGGCUGCACUGUGGUUCAACCCUUUCUCCAACCCGUCCCGGUGGGAUGGGGUCCUCCAGCACUUCUCAGCCCUGGGAUUGUUCGUGUUGGGAGGCUGGAGGUGUUUUCCUGAAUGGGCCGUGGGGGACCCUGGAGGUUUCCCCAGUGGAGGAUUGUGGAGUUUUUGGGUUGUUGGUUUGGUUUUUUUGCAGCUCUGACGCUCUCAGAGCUGAGGAUUGAAGGUAUCUUUCAGCCCCCCUAUUUGCUCCCCAGGGGCUCAGGAGCAAAGCUGUGCUCCUCACGGUGGGUUCCUCGCUGGCUGGGAUGGGGCUGCUGCUUUUUCCCCUCAUCUCAGUCGGGUUCCCCUUGAAAGCAGAGCACUAUGCUGGGAUAUAAGCAUAGAAGGAAGCACUCCAGUGGUUUCGUGCAGCUCCUUCUGGAUCCUCAGGGUGAGGCAGGGCUUGGCUCCUCAGGACCCCCUCCUGCUGCUGCCCUGGGCUCAUAGUGUCACCUCUUGUCCUUCAGGGUGUAAUGGGGUGGCUCAUCCAGUGCUGUGGGUGAUGGUGCUGUUAAUGGGCAGCACAAGUCCCCCAUCAAAACAAGCAUCCAGGUGCUGGGGUCUCAGCCCCACGUGCCCCCCCGCUCCGCCGCAGGCCGGCUGCAGCCCCAUUCCUUGCUCCUCCGGUGCUGCUCCAGCCAAAGAUUGGCACCUCACCUCAGUUGUCUCUUUUUGAUACUAUUUUUUUUUUUAAUAAUAAUAAUAAUAAUAAUAAUAAAAAAAGAAGCUGUGGAAUUUUUUUCACCCUGAAUAAAUUUCUACCUGUAUUUAAUGAGA